GUGAACCGGAAAUUUUUAACCACGUGUACAGCUGAUAGCGUGUUUACUUUUUUGUGCAGCUUGAAAAUUAGAAGAUGAGGAAAAGAACAAUUGUUAAACCGAAAGCUGUCGCUGACACUGGAAGUGGUUCAGUUCAAAAAGAAGAAUAUUCAGUAAAGUCCAAAGGAGAGCAGUCCUCAGACAGCGGGGGUGGAGGGGGGUGGGGAAGGCGUCUCCUGAAAGCUGUACAAAUUCUGAUCGUCAUCACACUCGUUCCUCCAUUCCUGAACUAUGCAGCAUUACAGAAAGAGACCCAGGAACUACGGCCUGAUAAUGGACAGUUGUAUGAUGUUGCUUGGGGACAGAAGUUAUUUAAAAAAUGCCACGGAAAAGGGCCUCCUACAGUAAUAUUGGAUGCCCCCACUGGCAUGACCUCUGAUGUCUGGGAGUUAGUGUGGCCAAGCAUUGCAAAAUUUUCAAGGGUAUGUGUGUAUGAUAGAGCAGGACUUGGCUUCAGUGAUCGUCCAUUAAAGAAUCACUCUCAAUCCGAUGGAGAGGAUGCCAAGAGUAACAUUAGAAACCGAUGGCACCCAUUUACAAUAGAAAGAAUGGCAGACGACUUGAACAAAUUAAUUACAGCAAGCAGUCAGGAACCACAACCUUUUAUUUUGGUUGGAGCAGAGUUAGGGGCCUUGGUGGCACAAUUUUACACCCAGAUGUUUGAAAACCAGGUAGCUGGGAUAUUGUUGAUAAACCCUCUGUCAGAUGAUUUGUUUGAACUAGAUUCUGGUUCAUGGGAGAAACAUUGGUAUGGCAAUUUGAUUCCAAGUUUCCAGAGUUUACAGUUGGGAGCAGCCCUUGGUUUGGUUAGACUGGCACUGAUUGUGGGGCUGAUCAGUCAACCAUUGACUGGAACCAAUCUUGCAGAAGAUGUGGUCAACAGACAGAAAUAUUUACUGUGUCAUCCAAAACACCUCAGCUCAGUAGUAGAUGAAUAUCAUUUCAUCAAUGAAUCAUUUUCACAAAUUAGGACCAUGAGGAUGCUAAAGACAGUCCCCAGUAAUGUCUCUGUCACUGUAUUAAGUGGAAACUAUUAUGAUGAGUUAAUGCCAAGCCAUUUAAAUAAGGCUUGGGCAAAAUCGGAGCAGAAUUUACUGACAAAGUAUUAUCCUCGAGCCAAGCAUAUAGUCAUAAACAGUUCAGACAGACAUAUGCUGUAUAGAAAUCCAGAUGCCAUUUCAGAACAAGUGAUUAAAAUGAUUAAACAAAUUAGAAACAAAUUGAGGAUUAAAAAUGGAUAAAAUCUAAA